AUGGCGGUACCCGACCAGACUAUCAUUUACAAGAAGAUUGGCUCGGUCGAGAUCCCCUUGGAUCUCUACCUGCCCAGAAAUGUGCAGAAGGCGCCAAUCUUGCUGUGGUUCCACGGCGGCGGGCUGCUACUGGGACGACGCGACCUGCUCGCCCCGCACAUGCGCAACGGUGUACACGCCCACGGCUACGCCUGCAUCUCGGCCGAUUACCGUCUUGCGCCGCAAGUCAGCGUCCAAGAGGUCUUCGAAGACGUCCAAGACUGCAUCAAGUUCAUCCGGACCGAGCUUUCCUCACGCGUCCCCGAAGGCGCCUUGGAUGUAUCUCGACUCGCAGUUUCCGGCAGCUCGGCGGGAGGAUUUCUUACUCUCCUCGCCGGUCUCUACGUCGAGCCCAAGCCGCAGGUCAUCAUACCCAUCUACCCGAUUACAGAUCCUCUGGGCGUCUUCUUCACCAAUCCACAACCGGCGCCACCGGGCCGCUAUGCCGCCUCGAAGGAGGAGAUGGAGGAGUUUCUCGAUACGACCGGCGAACCGGUCACCAGCUGCGCCAAAGUCCCCGAUCCUCGGGCCCACAUGUACGUCUACAUGCUGCGGGCGGCGAACUUGGCCGAGUUGUGGCAUAUCCCCGACGAGGAAAGUGCGGCCCCAUACAGGAUAUCGCGCAGGAUCCAGGAGCAUCGCUUACCGCCAGCCUACGUGUUACACGGAGACGCAGAUACCGCGGUAGGUGUUGAGCAAGCGGAUGAAGUGGUCGGUGCCAUGUUGGGCUGUGGGAUGACUGUUGAGUACGAACGUCCUCAUGGAAAGGAUCACUUUCUGGACAACGGAGACGACUAUGAAAACCCAGCCAUGUAUGCUUUUAUAAAGAAAUAUUUAUAA